AUGGCUACAACUGAUGAUCAUCUAAAUGAGCUUGCCCCAAUGGAUCAAAAUUCAACACCCCAAAAAAAGCCCGAAAUUACUCGUGUUUGCACAUCAUUGCAACAACAGUACCCUCCUGAUUUUCUAAGAAAGGUGUUUGCAGAGCUCAUAGCAACCUACUUGCUUGUGUUUGUGACAUGUGGAUCAGCUGCCAUUAGUUCCAUUGAUGAACAAAAAAUCUCAAGGCUUGGAGCUUCAGUUGCUGGGGGACUUAUUGUAACCGUAAUGAUCUAUGCAGUUGGCCAUAUCUCUGGCGCACACAUGAACCCAGCUGUUACUCUAGCAUUUGCAGCUGCCAGACAUUUUCCAUGGGAACAGGUUCCAUUCUAUGGUGUAGCUCAACUUACAGGAGCAAUCUCGGCAUCAUUCACACUUCGUGUAUUAUUGCAUCCAAUAAAACAUGUAGGCACCACAUCACCUUCAGGGUCAGAUUUUCAAGCUCUAGUCAUGGAAAUAGUCGUCACAUUUUCAAUGAUGUUUAUCACUUCAGCUGUGGCUACUGAUACUAAAGCCAUAGGAGAGCUAGCAGGCAUAGCUGUUGGUUCAGCUGUUUGCAUAACUUCAAUCUUGGCUGGACCAAUAUCAGGUGGAUCAAUGAACCCAGCAAGGACCAUAGGACCAGCUAUUGCUAGUGCUCACUACAAGGGAAUUUGGGUAUAUGUUGUUGGACCAGUGAUAGGAACGUUGAUGGGGGCAUGGUCUUACAAUCUUAUUCGGGCGAAAGACAAUUCGGUGCAUGCAAUCUCUCCACGUUCCUUUUCAUUCAAACUUCGUCAAAUGAGGAGCCAAGAUGGAGAGGUUUAAAACAAAAAACCUUUCAAUGCUCUUUGAGUUUUUAUCCAUUGUACGACAUCAAGGCCAAUCCUCAUUCCUAACUACCUUUUUAUCUUCCUUGAAAGCUUGAUUAUGUAUGUGUUUAGUUGUAUGUUAUAGUAAAUAGAAUGAAGAUUGGAUCAUAAAAUUAUGCUGAAGACUGAAGAAACA